CUGCUUAAAGGGCUAAAUAUUUUUGGGGUUCUUCAUUAUGUUGAAGCAGUAGCAUAGCUGAAUAACUUGUAAUUCAGGAGAAAUGUGUACUUAGGACAACAUAGGAGGCCCAUGGCAAACUGCAAAUAGUUAUAAUCUUUAUUUAUACCCAUUCUUUUUCCUUCAUUUUAUUUUAUUUAUUUUCCUCCUGUGACUCAGCUGUUUUAUUAUCAUGAAAAAGACAAGCUCUUUAAAUCUGUUGCAGCAUUUAGAAACUGUUUCCAGUGAUUAUUUUUAUGCAGCCGUCUGCACAAGUGGGCUUUGUGAGUAGAUAAGAAUAAGAAAGCAGAUAAGAAAAGAAAAUUUGAUUCAUUCUUGAUUGAUACAAAUCUCUUUAAAGUUUUAUACAUCUUUCUGAUAUUUUAUGUCUUUUUUUGCAUUAAGUGACAAGAGACUGAUGAAAAUAAAUUGCUUUCAGAUUGAGGAAGACAGUGUAGAGCUGUGAGUUUUCCUGAUAUAAUAUGGGUUUUCAAACUUACAGUUUUUCAAAGACACAGUGAUCAUUGUCAUUUUGUGAGUGUCUGUGAAUAAAGUGCAGAUUGUUAUGAAUUCAUUGCUUUAUUUUAGUUUUUUUUUUUUACCAAGGGGUAGGAGAAUAUUUUGCUUCUAUUGCUUAAAAAAGCUUUGGUGUCUGAAUAUCUAGUGUAUAUGAAGCAGAUGUUGCUUAAACUUCAUAGCUGUGUAACUGACCCCAAAAUAAGUGCAGGAAGUGGUUUAUACGGUAAUAUUAUGAAUGCAAAAAAACAUUUAGGUCAGUAAAUUGUUACAUAUCUUUUCUAUUGAAAUCACUUUAGCCUUGUUCAGUGCCACCAUUCUCAGAAGGUACUUUUCAGAAAAGCAGAAGUGUCCUCUAUGUUAAUAAAGUGCCAGACCAUGCAGCAAAGUGCUAGGUAAAAAUCACAAUUUAUAUUGUUUGAAUUACUCUAGAAAUAAAUGAGUUUCCUUCUUGCUUUUCCCUAGCAGUGCAGCUCUCAAGCAUGGAAAACUGCAACUCUAAAACACUUUGGAAUCUAUUUAUUCUUUUGUGGGUUUUUUUUGGGUUUUUUUUUUUUUGUUUGUUUGUUUGUUUUAUUUUUUUUUUUUUUAUGCAUGUUUGUAACUGAAUUUGGUUUCUGGAGAUACAGAUGCAGAUGUAGUUUGUGACAGGCUUGCUUGGUGGGUCCCAUGGAAUCCAGGCUUCAGAUGGUGGCAGUGAGGAUAGAAGUUCUGGACAGCACACUAAAGAGGCUAUUUCUUGGACCUGCAAUACAUUACAAAAUUAGAAAGGUUUUCAGUUACUUGCUCAUAUUUAUUUGCAUUUCUUUAUGAUUAUGCAUACUAUACUAGGUCAUGAUUCAGCAUUUAAUUGUAGUUACUGACUUACCUGUUUAAGUUACAUACAACUCUGUGUUGCUGAUAAGUGACAAAUUUUGCUAUAAAUUGUGUAUUAGGUGACUGGAUGCUAUGUGCUGUAAAAAACACACUCCUUUCAACCUGGUCAUUUUUUUUCUAGAUGAACUUAGGAAUUGGGCUUAGGAAUAUCAGUAUGAUAUCUUGACUUUUUACCUUUGUACCUAGCAGAAAGAGAGUAGCCAAGCAUAAAAGGCAUAGCUUCUGCUGAACAAGAGCAGUAGCAGACUACAAGGAAACAGGCAAUGUCUUCUGAAACAGGUCAACAGGGAAGUCAGACACCUCCAAUAAAACAACCUGUAUGGCCAAUGUUAUUUUGUCCCAUGUCCCAAAUUCAAGACAGAGAGAUUGCAAGGAUCAUUAAAGAAUGCAAACAGGAAAGUUUCUGGUACAGAGGAGACUACUCUCUUUUUACAGCUCUUCCUUUAUCUCUUGGGAGCAUACUUGUCACCCAGGGGCUAAUCUCAAAAGGCAUUUUCUCAGCAAGCCUAAGAUUUGGUCCAUACCCCAAGAUGGCAAUUGCCGGUGUCUUGGGUUUUGCCAUUGGAAGAAUGUUAUACAUAGGAGAAUGCCAGAAAAAGUUUCAGAAAAUUGGUAUUGCACCAUUUGGUCCACAACAAAAAAGGAAGUGUCAUCAUACUUGCAAAGAAUGCAAAGCAAAAUUGGGAUCAAAUGAGAGAGAAGGUUCAAGUCUUCAGCAACUUAGUGCCAGAAGUGGUGAACAUGAUUAAAACUUUAUGGACCAUCUUCUUUCAAGGCACUUUCCUGUAGCCUAGAAAUAAUAAUUUUGUGAUUCUGUCUCUUAGAUUUGGUAUAAAUUGACUUAUUUGAAAUAGUUGCAUAUUGUUACAAAGUUCUGUUUGUACAAAAUACCAGUGUUUUGAAAUGCACUUUUUGAAAUACACUCCUCUCUUUCCAGCACAUACUGGUUUAUUUACCUCUCUUUAAUGCAAUUUAGCUCUUAGUGCUGAUAAAUUACAUUUGUCUGUUGUAUUUAGAUGCUAGCAAUGCUUUGUGUAACAGACAAAGUGGUUUAUGUUGGAAUGUUCGUCUCUGUCAAACAGAAAAGGUGUGAGGAUGUUUAAAUGGUUUGCACAAUGAAGCAGCUAUCCAGUCUCUGAGCUGACCCCUUGGUUAUGGAGUACUUUAAGAGUACCAAAUUCAGGGUAUUGUCAGACUGCAGUUACUGUGCUGAACCAACUUCCCAUAAGCCAGUUUUACACAAAGGGCCGCUUUGCCAGGGGUACCAAAAUCAUGAACAAGAACACACAAUAUUUUGGAACAAUUUAUGGUUGCAUAAAAUCUGAGGCCACCAGAUGCUGAGAAAACCCCAGAUCUAGAUGGCACAUGAUCUCUACAAACAGCAGGACACACAGUCUUCCAUGAAACAUCUCAGCAAAUCAAAAGGAGGCACUUCCCCUAAACACAGUGAUGGCUUUCAUAUGGAAAGAAAUGCAGCUACUGAAAGUUUGGGCUUCGCUGUCGAUGAAGACUGUCUUCUGUGGGCUUUUUCUGUUUGCUUGUAUAUGAUGCCUGUGGUUAGUGCUCCUCUUUUGAACUAGCUUCUGUGGGCAUCUUUACUUCGACACAAAGAAAUUCUGCAAGCAAAAUAUAUAGCGUGGAAAAGUAUAAUGUAACUAUUAAUUGGUUAGUGAACAGAAAAGAGAUUCUGGAUUUGACAAAGUGAUUAGACUGAAUACUCAACUUCCUAAUAAAGCACUUGGAUAGCCUUUCCUAGUCAAGCAAGAGGGCUUUCAAGCCACCAGGCAAAAGGGGAAGGAUUAGACUGACUGGCCUCCCUGUUCUUUUUUUUACUAUAAGAUUUUAUACUUUUCUACUUGGUGUUUAGCCUCUUGAAUUCUUCAGCUACUAAGAACCCCAGUCUCAAGAGGGCUUCAAUUUUACACUUGUUAGUUUUAUAUGGUAUUUUUGCAGUGUUUUCAAUGGCAGUCAGGGAUACACAGCAGUGCUGUGUCACAGCUGCUGCUGUGUACAGGCAGGUGAGCCUUGGAGAGCCUUCCACGGGGCCUCCAGGGAGAAGGGCUUACACAACCACUGAGAAGGCAACCUCCUUUGUGAAAAUCAUGUGUUGUCAUGGGUGUGCUGUGAUAGCCACCAAAACUUGUAUGGUAACAUGUCUGAGCUACUUCCCCUUCAUCUGUCAUCUGCUGUCAGGAUAACAGCCAGAAGCUGCACCAGGGUUAGUCGUGCCUGGAUUAUCUGAGGGAAGCCAUUACAUCCAGGUGACGUCAAGGAGGGCAAUGCCUGUGACAGACCUUGCAUGUUAGACUUCGAGGCUGUUCUUGUGGUCAGUGUUACCUCUUGGGAUUACAACUUAGCUGCUGGACAUUGCUUUACAUGUAAUUUUGUAUUUUUUACAUGUAAUUUUUGUAUUUUUUACUUUUGAUUAUUUUUCUGUAAUAAAUAUACUGAUGUAUAAAA